UCUCCGUCCUCACAGAAUCCAGCCUUGCUCCCCAACCCCCUGGCCUCCGGCUGCUUGCCAAGGUUAUGCCCCCUGUCCUUUGGUGAAGGAGUUGAGUUUGACCCCUUACCACCGAUGGAAGUAAGGUACACUUCCUCAGUCAAGUACGACUCCGAGCGGCACUUCAUCAACGAUAUCCACAUGCCCCUGGGCCUGGCCGUGGCCUCCUGCAGCCAGACGGUCACCUGUGUCCCCAAUUGCACAUGGCGCAACUACAGGGCCGAGGUGCGCUUCGAGCCCCGCCACAAGCCCGCACGCUUCCUCAGCACCACCAUCGUCUACCCCAAGUACCCCAAGACCGUCUAUACCACCACCCUGGAUUACAACUGUCGGAAGACGCUGAGGAGGUUUCUGUCCAGCGUGGAGCUCGAAGCCACCGAGUUCCUGGGUGGCGAUUGCCUCUCGGAUGAAUGCUGACUCGAGCAGGCAGGGCUGGGUUGGACCAGCUCUUCCGCUGCCCUGGUCCCCAGACUACCCUGCUCAAGUCUGGCACUGCCGCCCUUAUGUGUCCUUCCGGCCCCAGAGGAGUCUAGCCUGGACAUACCGCUAAGCCCAGCCUGAGGAAGCAACAAGAUGUCAUUGCGUCUUGUCGUUAUUGAAGAAAUUUGUUUUGUUUUUUACAUUUUUUAAAUCGUUCUUAAGAGGAGUAUAUUUCCUGUUUGCUGCUGCAUAUUUUCCCCCCAAGUCUCAAUUUGGUGAGAAAAUAAAAGGAAACGAGAAGCAAAAAGAAAAUGGCCAAAAAUUGAAACAGGGGUCCCUGUGGAGGGCUCCCAUCUGUCCUGAAAGCAGAAUCGAUUGCUCUUCCUCCAUUGUCUGUUUGUCUGAGGAAGAGUGUGGAAGCAGUCUCUGGGAUGAUGGAAAAGUUGAGUUUUCAGAAAUUCCAGCCAUGGGAGUCUUCACUGCUACAAAAGCAGAGCUCAUUCAGUAAGUCGUGACACCCAUAUGGGUUCAAUCUACGGAGAGCUGAGUUCCAUUCCAUUUUUCAUUUCCAUUUCCAUUUGUAUUUCCUGUCAACCAAAACUCUUGGAGUUCUCUAAAUCGUUUUCAUGAUAUUGAAAACCCCCAAACUGUGAUAUAAGAUGCUUGGGAAAAAAAAAACAAAAACAGAAAAUGUUCACUUUCUUCUUGCCUGCUUUAGGGACGUUAGAUUAACGGGCUGCUGAGUUCGGAAGCAGUGGCUUUGGUUCCGGUUCUUGCCACCGGUUGGUCCCGAGGCACAGGCUCUGGCAAAAUGCCUUGCAUCCUUGGCAUCUGUUGAACAUCUCCACAGGCUUGUGUAACUCCCCUGAUACGUAUUUUAGGGUUUUCAAAUACUUUCCUAUUUUUCAUAAGGCAAAACAUAGCAAAGGGCCCUUCUGAGAGAUAAUGGCAUUUUGAAAGAAUGCUUUGGAAGAAUGCUUUUGGAAGUCCACGAGGGGGAUUUCACUUGACUCACAGUGGGAGCCCACGGCCACACAUAAGACUCGAUGCCACUGGGAGGAGGUGGCUGGAGAUGUUUCUGGUGAUCUGGUUCAUCAUGCUAGGUGUCCCUCUCCAGGGACGGGAGAUUGACUCACUGUAAGGGCUCUGUGUCAAAACUGCAGAGAAAUCCUGCCAGUGCCUUAGGUCUGAUCCAAAAAGCAAGGAAAUCACUGCUUGGGCUAAGCAAAGUUAAAUUCAGAACGGGAUAAUGUCACAAUUCAAACUCCAAAACCUGGACACUGUAGGCAUGGUAUAAAGGUCUCUUAAAUUUUCGUUUUAGUUUAAGUGACAGUCACGGAGUUGGGUGCUAACUGAAGAUGUUCCCAGAGAAGCUUUGCAGAUUCAGCUGAACCGGCUGAGGAUGCGGGGACAGCCACUGGUCCAGGAGGGUUCAGCCAGACCCUCUCACGACCUGCCUCACACGACCAUCCCACCCUACUCCCAGCCCUUACUUCUUCCUCCUGCCAAUCCCUGUGGCUUUUGAGUAACGAAAGUGGCAGGUGGCUUUUUUCUUCCAAGUAUUGGAAAGAAUAAACCAUGGAUAUUUCCAUCAACUACAUCUAAAUUGACACAGUGGCUGCAACAAUGGGCUCAAACACAGCAACGAUUAAUGGGAGGUACAGGACUGGCAGCGUUUCGUUCUAUUGUAUGUAGAGUCGCUACUCAACGGCACCUAACAACAACAACAGCAUGUCUAAAUCACGUCAAGUGCUCAAGGGUUUCCGAGCUCUAUGAACUCAGACUCCGGGGGUAAUGCCGGGGCCCUCUGGAUGGCUCCCAGCUGUCCUGAAAGCAGAAUUGAUAGCUCUCUGGGCAUCCUGGAGCCACAGGAGGGAUUUUUGUUACAGUCAGAGUAGGUGUGAUGAUAAUCGCCCUCAUUUAAAGUCGUUGGAGGCCUAUGGAGUCAAAUUGUCUGGUGUCCUCUUCAGACCUCGUAGUGUUUAGUCUUUGUGCUCCUAACUGAUCGGGCACAUCCCCUUGGACAGGAGCCUGCAGUUGGCGUAAUGGUCCCGAGUUUGCCAGGGUGAAGCCAGGAGGGCACUUUGGGACUCAGUAGUCUCCUCCCUCAGCAUGCAGAACAACAAACGCCUCCUGCCUUUGGAAGAGCAAAUGACAUAGAAUAUAUUUCUAAAAACUGAUUUUUCUAUCUGGUUUCAUAAUCUUGCCAUUUAAGUGGUAAAUGUAAUUUUUAAAUUGUGUUAAGAGAAUCCCCAAG